CUCGACGGUUUUUUGUUCCAACAAGAUCCGGAAUUUCGAUUUCGAAAGAUCRCCAAGGUAGCGCAACGCAAGRMAUUGAAAAUAUUCAAUCAAGGCAACGAUACUUCGCGCGUCAUGUCAWCCUCUCAGCCACCCGGUGACAGCGGAAGCAGCUGCAACGAACUCAACGRUGAACGACGAGGARGAAKGAUUGCCGCCGUGACGGGGGCCUCGGGCUUUAUCGGAUCCUACCUCUGCGCGGUGCUCCUGGAUCGCGGGUACACCGUGCGCGCAUGCGUCCGCCCGGGCCGGAAAGCGGUGCAUCUCCCGGAGGGGCAGAACAACCACGACGCAAACUCCGGUGGCAGCCUCGAGAUUCACCCKGCGGAUAUGUCCGUGAGGGGUGCCUACGAUUCAAUCUUUGAGGGAUGCRCGGUGGUCUUUCACGUGGCMGGGAAUUUCGGUACCGAUUACCACUCGUUAUGGAAGAAAAGCAAAACGAAAAGGGCRACACCARCAUCAGCAGAAAACCCGGUCCAAGCAACGCCAGAGACACGUAACUACAGACUCCCACCGGCAGACCAGUUGCUAAGAAAUCUACAMAGAAAUCAGAMURCAGAAAUCCACGACGUCAAGGACAAUAGAAAGCUCGAUGCCCUUGMAACACUUGGUGUCAGUGAUCAARACGAYCCACAACAACCGUGGCUUUCCUAUGACCACGCCGUCUACGAGAGCUACAUCAMYCCCAUGGAGUGGAUCCUGGAAUCCGUGAAAAAGAACAGCGCAACCRUCCGCAGRGUCGUAUACACGAGCUCGGGUGCGGCCGGUGGUACCAUCGAAGCCGACGAGCCCGCCAACGAAGCCGACAUACUCGAUAACAGCUAUGGCGCGGCCAAGCGGGAAUGCGAGCGCCUCCUCUACGCCUUUUGCGGGGACCACAACGCCGAUCCGGCAAAUCCGCACGAUCCGAUUCUCGGGCUCUCCGUCUGCCCCUGCAUCGUAAUGGGCCCGCCGACCGUGGUUCCGCUCCACGACACGGUCUAUCAGCACCGCUGGGCCGACAUGCUCCGGGGCCGCUACGUCCUGGAACAGUCCUGGGAAAUCGCCGACGUCCGCGACGUAGCGGAGGCACACGCGAGGCUGGCCGAGGCGCCGAACGUCUGCAACGGGACCCGGGUAUGGGUGGGAUCCGAACCGGGCCAGAGCGUGGAAUCGCUGUUGGAAUCGAUCGCAUCGAGGGAUCCCUACGAGAGSGACCCGCGCCUGGACCGUUUGCGGCAGAACCUCACGGCGCUAGCGAAUGCCGAUAUUGACGACAGCGAGAGCAAUAGCGAUAGCGAUAGCAAUAGAAAAUGCGGCAGCGAUGAUGGCAGCAGAAGCGACAGCGUAUCCUCGUCGUCCAGGGGCAGUGGGAGCGAUUCACCGAGCACUGGCAGUGACGACUCCUUUGGAGUUUCGGAAUGGGACCUCGACGGCACCACAACCUGGAGCGAUCCUACCGUCUUGUUCCGGAACAAAGCCGUCGACGACAAUGGUGAAAGCGACGCUUCCUACAAACCGAGGACCCCCAGGGAGACACUGCAGGACACGACGCACUCCAUCCUGGAACAAGACCGGUGGAAGGCCCUCGGCCGGGACUAUUCGCUCACGGAGAGCCUCGACUACUACACCGUAGCAGAGAUGGACGGGUGCUCCGAGGAAAUGGAAUGGUUGGAGGGGUAUGCUGCAUCGCUGCUUGCCAGCSAGCGAGCGAAAUAGCUGUACGAAAAAACAGCGUAGUUUGGACCAAGGUUGCGUGGCAAAAUAAUAGCAUAAUAGGCAU